AUGAUUAUUUCCAAGUGGUUAAUUUUCGAUAUACCUGGAAAAAUUGCAAUGCAAGAUUGUGGUGAUUAUAUGCCAGCUUUUCUGUAUACUGGCUAUAUUAUAUCACCAAAUUAUCCUUAUAACUAUUCCUCACCACUGUUUUGCUCUUGGUCAGUGGGAAGUGGACAGAAUGGAACUGCUAUCGUUAAAGUAAUCGAUUUUAACCUUCGUCCACGAGUAGAAGGAGUUUGUAGCGAUUCUGUAAGCUUUUCGUUCGGUGUAGAACCUGAUUUUAGAGGUUUACCAUACUGUGGUCGUACUUAUCCUCAGAAUGUCUACUUUCAAAGUCGGAACAUACAUAUUAUAUUUACGACACAAAGAGGUUCACCUGGAAAUUAUACUGGCUUCAAAAUGAGUUAUUCUUUAUAUGUAAAUCAAAAUAACACUGUAUUUACCUAUCAAGACCCAAUUUCAAAUCCCAUUCGUGAAAUAUCGUUAAACAACCAAAGCUUACGAAUUACCGGACGUAAUAAAAUCCAAUUAACUUGCGGCUAUAAAAAUUUACCCGUACUCAAUGGCACGAAAUUUCAGUGGUAUCUUAAUAAUCAAACCCUAGGCCCUGUUAUUUCUCCAAGCCAGCCCACUUUCAACCACUCCAAUUUCUAUCGUCUUCAACUGAUCACUUAUACGUCGGGCAUAGCUAGUGGUUCUGAAAAUUUCAUAUGGUAUCGAUCACAAAUUCCGAUCGUAUCAGGUGCCAAUUCAAAUGUUCAAAUUGAAAGACAAGGCUCAGAAUCCAUACUAACUCUAAGGAAUAUACAGCGACAAUCUUCUAAUACAAGUCUAACACAUUUUACUUGUAGUUAUGAUGGCGUUAUGGGUAUAAAGGAGGCCCAUCAUACUAUAGAAAUUUUUCCAGCUCAGCCGCAACCAUCUACAUGUCCGAAACAGCAACAAAAUGACUUUUCAUGGCCAGAAACACCCGUUGAUGCUGUUGCCGUAAUUCCUUGCGGACAGUUAUCGUCAGGCAAUGUUACUCGUGCUUGCUUGCUGGAUACUGUGGAACAGCUGCCUAGAUGGGGAAGCGUUUCCAGUAUUAAUUGCGUUAGUCAACCUUUUAUUUCCAUUCAACAGCAGGCUUCUAAUUUAACUGAUAAGAAUAAUAAUGCUACAGAAGUCCUGACUAGGCUACAAAAUAUCACAAAUACUCCAUCUAAUCAGAGCCUGACAGGAGGAGAUAUUUUAGUUGCCAAUUCUAUAUUAGAAAAAGUAGCUAAUAUAAGCGAUGAACUAUCUAUCCAAAUUAAAGACCUUUACGAAUUUGUGAGAACUGGAAGUAACUUGAUAGAGAAAAAAAACAGAGAUCAGUGGAUCGAGAUACAAAAGACCAAACCAGGAACAACGGAACUAGCUCAAAACUUAGAUCGAUAUGGUAGUUUAGUUGGAUUAAGCAAUGAGACAAUCAUUGUGGCAGCAGAUAAUAUAGGCUAUGAUGUUUCAACUACAAUUAAAAUAGUAAGCUUCAUUUAUAAAACUUUAAACGAACUUUUACCCGAACAAGUCGACCAGACUCUUAAAACUAACUCGAGCCGAUGGAUUCCACAAACAGUAGUAAUCUCGACAUCACUUUAUCCGCCACUCAAUAAAAAGCUACUUGAGCCAAUUGACUAUACUUUGCAAAAAGUGUCAAACAGCGAGCUUUUAUUCAAUCGCGAAUUAUAUAAAGUUACUGACGAAUUCAAUUGCUCAUUCUGGAAUUAUACCAUCAAAUUCUUAAAAAAUCCAACCAACAAAAUUCAUAUGAAUUUAUUCGCUUGGCUAUUAGUUGCUAACUUAAUCAUCAUGUUUGUGGAUUUAGCAAAGCAUAUCAAGGUUCUAUGUACUAUCCUGGCUUCCGUACUCCAUUUCUCACUACUGGCUACGUUUAUGUGGAUGUUGGUAGAAGGCAUACAUAUUUACCUUGUGCUUAUAAAAGUUUUUGAUGUCAAUGAAAAAUUCCUGUACUACCAAUUAGCAUCAAUAGGUGUUCCCGCUUUGAUAGCUGGCUUAACCGCUGCGAUUACGUGUGGAGCUGCAGGAAUGGAAUAUUAUUUAAGUUCACAAGGUUGCUGGUUAUCAGCUACAAAUUGGGUUAUUCUCGCAUUUGUCAUUCCAUUUGUAAUCAUCUUUGUAGGACUAUACAUCUUCCUUGCUUACUGCGCCUUCAGUCAAAAGGUUAAAGAGGCCUAUGGUAAAUACAAGAAACAGGGAAAAAGACAUUUUAUAAUGAAAGAAAAGCCAAGCAACACGAAAGAAAAAUCGAAUGAUUCCUCUUAUCCAAGUUCCAAAGUUGGCAACGUAAAAACAGAAAAAACAUCUAUAAUAACCAGUACAGACGUCGAAAAAUCUGUAAACGUAACAUCAGCGGAACAAAUGAAACAGGAAAAUAUAAACCCUGAAUCGUGUGAAGAAAAUUUCGUCGUGCUAUCAGUUCCUGAAGUUUCAGUAUUACCAGAAACGAACGAUAGCCUAGCGGAUACUGAUAGUCGUGCCGAUAGCGAACUAGAUCAAAAACCUCUAAGUGGUGGAGAUCCAAUAGAGCGCAAGAAUGAAGAAGAAGUAUUAAAAAAGCAAAGUUAUUCAGAUCAAGAAAAUCUCUCUUUAGAAGAUCAGCAAGAGUUACUUCGUAUUAAGAUUAGAGGUUUACAUCCUCAAGCAUCGACUGAUGAAAUUAGGGAAUAUUUUAAAAGAUAUGGCAAAAUUGAAAGGAUUGGUAGCAUCAGUAAACAUCAGGCUAAUCAGUCCGAUGAUGAAAACGAAGAUACUGUGGAAACAUACGUAGUAUACCACGAAAAAUCUGCAAUCGAUAGUAUCUUCAGCGAAACUAAAGAUACUCACAUCAUUCAUGAUCGUCAAGUCUAUCUGCAAUUGUAA